UUAUUCAUCAAAUUUGCGAGCCAUACUUGAUUAACAGUCUAUAUAUGAGCAAACAUUCCCAUUGAAAGCCAUCAUUUAUAUAAAAGCGAAUUCUCGGGUUUAAGGCUCAUAUUUCUCAGUGGACAACCCUACCAAAACAAACGCUGCAUGCCAACAAAUGUCACUUCCAAUUAGUAAAUAAGGCACGGGUCCCUUGGAGCGCGUGUCGAACUUUGAUUUCGAUUUCGAUCAGGGACUCUAUGAAAAAUUAUGUCUGAGGAAGAAAUAUGGUGUGCGAGUGAUUUUGUCACGGUGAAGACGGAAACUCCCGAAAUGUCCGAGGAAGAAAUAGUGCCGAAAGACGAUUUAGUCGCGGAUAAAACAGAGAUUCCGGAAGAGUCUGAGGAGGAAGUGUUGUCGGAAAGUGAAUUUAUCGCGGUGAAAACGGAGAUUCCGUCCUCCUCAGAGGGUGAGGAGUGGUCGGAACCUUUGCGACGAGUGAGAACGAAAAACAGGUGUACCUAUGAAAACUGUGGUCAAGUCUUCAGGAGGGGUACGCACCUGGAUCGACACGUGUAUCAAGUGCACACAGGAAUCACCCCGCUGACUCCAAGGUCUAUAUUCCUGAAACUCAGCCUUGCAUUUCCUCCGAAUUCUCGACAUAUAAUGGCAAUAGCUAACCACUUCAAAACUAGCACGAAGAAAAAGCAUGCCUGCACUUACGAGGGUUGCGAUAAACGUUACAUAAUUUUAACACAUCUACAACGGCACAUAAAAACAUUUCAUGAAAAGGAGCAUGAGAAUCAUGUUAAGCGAUUGCAAUGUACGGUUCCAAGUUGUGAACGAUAUCUCAACACACGGACGAGUUUAAUACGCCAUAUUCGCCAAUUCCAUGAAAAUCCGAAAAUAUACAGUUGCGAAGAAUGUGAAUAUACUUCAAGGCACAAAUUGCAGUUUCAGCGGCACGUCCAGAAACAACAUCGGACAGAAGAGAAACCUUUUGGCUUGAAAAAAGAUAAAAUUUACAAUUGCCCCGAGUGCAACGAGGAGUUUCAAAGAUGGUCAACACUGCAAAAACAUAGGAAAAUUUUUCACGCGCCAACGUGUUUUAUCUGCGAUCGUAAAUUUUCAAACAAGAACCAUCUGAGGACACAUCUCAAGGAUCACAAUCGAAAAGCAGAAAAACUCAAAUUCCCAUGUCCAUAUGAUUAUUGUGAGCGCUCAUACCAACAUCGACGCAACCUAAACGUACACAUAAACAAUUUUCACAAAGGUAUUCGGUUUUUGUGCCCAAUGGAAAAUUGUCAGAGUAGCUUCGCGACCAAUCAAAAACUCAAUGCCCACAUUCUUUUGCAUAAGAGAGAAGUCGUUGUUGUGGAACGAAAACCGCAGGCGGAACGGAAAGAUAAAGGAAUUAAGAAAAUAUCUACGCUUUCAAUUCUAACCGGAAUCGAUUUUGAUAACAAGGAACAAAAGGUAGAUCUGGACUAUAGCAGCUUCGUGACAACAAGCGACAGUGACGGCGAGGAGAUUCGGGUCCCGAAGAAGUUCCACAUAAAACUAGAAGCGUAACAUUAUAAAGUAAUUUUAUUGUUAAUAAAACUAAGUAGUUAAUUUUAAA